AUGGCUCCAAAAAAGUCGACUGAAAACACAUCGAAAGAAUACAAAAAACUCUUGCUUAAACGUGACAACCUGGUCCGUUCGAUUUUGAGUCAUGCCGAAAAAAUGAAAGAAGGAACCACGCCAAAUAUGGCAGCAACUCGGAUGAAACAACUUGAAGGUACGCAUGAAAAAUAUGAGGCAAUUAUCGAAAAAAUAGAAGAUCAUGAUGAUUAUGAUCCAGACCAUUUAGAGGUCGACAGUGAAGAUGUAACCGAAGCAUUUAUUAAGGCAAUAGGAUUGAUUAAAGACACAUUAGGUGAAAAUUCGAACGACACAAUAUCGUUAAGCUCGACUAUGGCAACACGUAGCAUCACAACAACUUCAGAAGUGAAGUUACCCACGAUUUCAAUUCCAAAGUUCGAUGGUUCAAAGGCAUUGGAAUGGACUACAUUUUAUGACACAUUCUCUUCGCUUGUCGACCAAAAUGAAAAAAUACCAAAAAUAAGCAAAAUGCACUAUUUGCGCGAUAGUUUAAAGGGCGAAGCGUUUCGGUCUAUAAGCAAAUUGCCUGCUUCCGACGUUAAUUAUGAAAUCGCCUGGAAAAUACUGCAAGAACAAUAUCAUAACAAACGCGCAAUUGUGAACAACUGCUUGAAAUCGUUCAUUUUCCAAGAUAGCAUUAAAACACAAAAUGCAAGCAGCAUUCGCAAUUUGAUUGAUACCACAAAAGAGUCUCUCCAAUGCAUAGAAUCACUCGAUGUGAGCAUCGAUGAUUGGGAUCCGUUCAUUGUUUAUGUGUUGCAAACGAAAUUGGACAGAGACACAGCAAUUGAUUGGGAGAAAAAACUCAGCGGCUCCAAAGAAAUUCCCGAAUAUUCAACAAUGUUGGAGUUCCUCGAAACUCAAUAUAGAAUAAUGAAAGCGCCAAUAGAAAUGUCAUGCAAUUCACAAGCAACAUCACAGAAAUUCCACUCAACAAGAGUACCAAAUACGAUCAACAAGAAAGAUGUAUGUGAAGUUUGCAAGGGCGAGCAUUAUGUUUUGUUCUGUGACACGUUCAACGCAUGGAACGUCACCCAAAGAAAGCAAUUUGUUAUAGAAAAAGGUCUUUGCGUUGUGUGCUUGAAAAAACAUGAAAUUGAACAUUGUAAGUCCAAGUUUCGCUGCAAAAAAUGCAAUGGUCUCCACAGCACAAAGUUACAUGAAGAAGUCGUAACAACAAGCCAACGCGUAAGUGCUGUCAAUGAUUUAUCUAUGCCCAAUCAAAAAUUAUUAGCGACCGCCAUUGUGAAAGUGCAAGAUAAAUCUGGGGUCUAUCAUUUAUUCCGUGCGUUGAUCGAUCAAGGGUCACAGGGAAUUGUUGUGUCCGAAAGAGCCGUUCAAAUUCUACGUCUUCCACGCAAGAAGGCAAAUGUCCCAUUGCUCGGAAUUGAUGAUAAACCACUCGGAAAAGCAACAAAAUCAAUCCGAAUUCAAGUGCAAUCUGCAGUAAACAGCGAUUUCGUCAUAUCAAUGGAAGCACUUGUAAUGCGGUCAAUCAUGUCAGCCGGCCCACAGUUUGAAAAACACAAUAAAUGGAAACAUUUGAACGGUUUGCAACUCGCAGAUCCUGAGUAUAUGCAAGCAAAUGCGGUUGACAUUCUGUUUGGUGUGGACAUUUACGGCAUUAUCGUUGAAAAUGGUUUAAAGAAGGGCAAAUUACACGAACCAGUAGCACAAAAUUCGUCGUUCGGCUGGCUUGUAUUCGGCGCUGCAUGCAAAGCAAAAGAAUACAGCGUUCGCAUCCAUACAACUCGCUUGGCGAACACAAAUGAUAACGAUGACAAUGAAGAUUUAAAUAUAGCAUUGAAACGUUUCUGGGAGAGUGAAGAAGUGAAUUUAAAGCCAAUCAUGAGCGAAGAACAUGAGAAAUGCGUAAAGUUGUGCAAUGAAACGACGAUUCGAUUGCCAAGUGGCCAAGUGCAAGUGUCUCUCCCAUUUAACAUGGAUCGCAAUAAUGAAAACUUUCUCGGUGACUCUCGUAAGAUGGCAUUACGACGUUUUUUUCACUUAGAAAAGAAAUUUGAAAAGGAUGCAACUUACUAUGAACGAUAUAAAGCCGAUAUGUUGAAUUAUCUUGAGUGCAACCACAUGAGCUUAAGCAAAUCACCAUCUAACGAGGGUUACUACGUGCCACAUCACGCCGUAACUCGAGAAGAAAGCACCACAACGAAACAGCGCACUGUCUACGACGCAUCAGCUAAAACUUCGAACGGGUUUUCUUUAAACGAUCGUUGUUUGAACGGCCCCACCAUACAGCCAGAACUAUUCGAUACGUUCAUUCGUUGGCGCACAAAUAAAAUUGCUUUGGUUGCUGACGUGGAAAAAAUGUAUCGUCAAGUCUCGCUCGCCCCGGAAGAUCGAAAAUACCAAAAGAUUCUUUGGAGAUUUUCGAAAGAAGAGCCAAUUCAAACCUAUGAAAUAAACUGCGUAAUGUUUGGUGGCAAGUCGGCUCCGUUCUUAGCAAUUAAUGCAACCUUUUAUCUCGCUGAUUGUGAAAAAGAUAACUUUCCAAAGGCCGCAGAAUGUAUAAAAACAUGUUUGUACGUCGAUGAUUGCAUGAGCGGCAGCCAUUCAGUCAAAUCAGCAGUUGAACUGCAACGCGAGUUGAAUGGUUUGUUUAAAUCCGGCAACAUGCGUCUUCGAAAAUGGGCAUCGAAUAGCGAAGCGGCAUUGGACGGCAUUCCAAGUGUAGAUCGAGCAAUUAGCCAAUCGUUAACCUUGAAAACCACCGACACAGUGAAAACUCUGGGCAUGAAAUGGACGCCUGCAACCGAUUCAUUGAGCUUCACAAUCGACAUGACUCGUUUAUCAUCUGAACCGCGAAUUACCAAACGAAGGCUAGUUUCAGAUGCAUCCAAACUGUAUGAUCCGUGCGGUUUGCUAGCUCCAAUCACAAUUAAAGCCAAAAUGCUCAUGCAAGCGACUUUCAAAGAAGGAAUCG